AUGGCCUCCUUACAAAUCUCAUCUAUGUAUCUUUCUUCUUUUUCCUUCAAGACAAAACAUGUUGCUGUGUCCAAAUUCAGACCAAUGCCUUUGUUACUUCCAAAGAUGUCAUUUCAGGAAACGAACUGUGAAGAGAACGUCAAACCAAAAACAUUGUACGAUGAAAGUAUACGUAAUCUUGAUACUCCCAACAACAACAAUAAGAUCACCACCACCACUAAAUUCCUUGCAAUUUUAGAGUUGGUAACCGACAGGAUAGAAAUGCACCACAACGUUGGGGAGCAACGUGACAAUUGGAACAUCCUUCUUUUGAACUCCAUCAACAUGAUUACUCUCUCAGCCGCAACCAUGUCUGGUCUUGCAGCCACGUGUCCAGGUUCAGGUGCACCGUUGCUGGCUCUUAAACUAUCUUCCACGCUCUUGUUUUGUGCUGCCACAGGGUUAGUACUCGUGAUGAACAAGAUCCAACCCUCACAGCUCGCCGAGGAACAACGAAACGCGACGAGACUGUUUAAGUGCCUGCAGAGAAAAAUGGAAGGCACCGUUGCUCUUGGAAGUCCUUCGGAGGAAGAUGUGAACGAUGUGAUAGAGAAGGUUUUGGCUCUUGAUAGAGCUUACCCACUUCCCCUUUUGGGAGCUAUGCUUGAGAAAUUCCCUGAAAAGUUUGAGCCUGUUGUCUGGUGGCCUAGGCCUGAUAAGAUUUUACAAUCCCACAAAGGUAAGGCAAAGAGAGAGAAGAUGGAAGAAGAGUUAAUGAAUGGAUGGAGUGAAGAACUAGAAAUGGAACUGAGGGAGGUUGUUGAAGUGGCAAAGAGAAAAGAUUUUGAGGACUAUGAAAGGUUAGGAAACAUGGUGUUGAAGAUCAGCAAGAGUUUGGCCAUGUUAGGGCCUUUGCUCAUGGGCAUUGCAACAAUUGGGUCAGUGUUUGUGGACAAUAUAGGGUGGUGGUCUUGGACAUAUUUGGUGACCCUUUUGGCGGGGUCUCUGGCUGCUGUAGUUAACUCAUUUGAGCAUGGAUGUCAAGUGGGAAUGGUGUUUGAAAUGUACAGAUUCUGUGGAGGGUUUUUUCGUUUGUUGGAAGAAACUGUUGAGACAACACUGGAAGAGAAAGAUAUGGAGAAAAGGGAAAAUGGUGAAGUGUUUGAGAACAUGGUGGCUAUGCAAUUGGGAAGAAGCGGGUUUCAGCUGAGAGAGCUUGCCUCCAAAUCUGCUUCAUGUCGUAGGGAAGGAAUUGCCAUAGAUGAAUUUGCUAGCAAGCUCUUCUAG